GAGGGCGAGAACCGGUAUGUUAACCCUCGUUGCGCUCGCCGACUUGAUGGACUUCAUCUUACAAUCAUUCUGAAGGAAGAUGCUUGGAACGCAGGCAUUUAAGGCAAACUUGCGAGGUACCGAGCGGGCUCAGGAACUGAACUGAGUUCACUCUAAGUCUCUAACAACCAAUGCAACCAUCACAAAUUCAACCGCAUUCACCUCUUUUUGUGAUCUCAAAUAUUCCGGAAAAGCAACUUGAGCGGUGGUAGAAACCAGUCACACACCACCCCCCUCUCCAUUGUCUUCCCUGCUAUCCAAAGCAAAACCCUCACCAUGGCCGACAACGCCAACUCAUCGUCAAUUGCAACCCCGCGCAUCAAGUCUACCUGGAGCGCGCCCGAGGUCGCCAACUAUUUGGAGAGCCGGAUGGCCCCGCUGCGGGCCUUCGCCAAAUACAAAGAGCGCUCCUUCACGACGUCGAAGACGGUGCACAUCCCGCUGCUGGAGGCGGCUACCAAGGACGCGCCCGACCAGGGCCCGACCGUCGUGCUGCUGGGCGACUCGAUGCUCGAGCGCAUGACCACCACGGGCCAGUCGCCCAACUUCACUGCGCCCUGGCCCUCGCCCGCGAUGCUCCCGGACGGGGAUCUCGAAGCCCUGAGGGCGACUCGCGAGGAGGAGGUGUUGGACAUCGCCAAGAAAGCGCGCCGUCCCGCGCGCGACCUCAUCCGUCGCGUCGACCGCGUCUUCAACGCCGGCGUGGGCGGCGACAAGAUCCAGAACCUCGCCUACCGGCUGGUCGGCGACCCGUACCGCGGUCUGCCGGGCCUGCUGCCCAUGCUGGCGCGGUGCGGCACCGUCAGGCUGUGGGUGCUCCACAUUGGCACGAACCACCUGUCGCCGAAGCGCGGGCUGAGCGGGGCGGACAUCGAGGCCCUGGAAGUGCUGAUCGACACGUUGCUCCGUCUCCCGGCUACCAAAGGCGUGCAUGGCAAGGUGCUGUUGACGGGGAUUCUCCUCCGGAGGGAGGUGCCCCUGCGGCUGCGGCUCAAGGCGAAUACGAUGAUUGAGGCCCUGGAGGUCAAGAUGAAGAUUCGAUGGGGGGAGGAGAGGGUCGAGCGGUAUGAACCCCGCGACCAGCUCAAGCCGGAUGAGCACCUGGACGACCAUGUGCACUUGAACCUGAAGGGCUACCAGUGGUGGAUCCGGCUGUUUUUGGUGCAUGUCGUCACCAUGUUGGACGUGUCGGAGGUGGAGGCCGAGCGCUGGAAGUUGAUGGGUGGAUUCGAGCAUGACCGACUGAUCCCGUGGUUCGCCAACGACAACGACAACGACAUUGCCGACGCCGAGAACGACAGCGCCCAAGCUGGACAGAAUUAGGCUUGGUGCUAGGGGCGUCUGCGACUCUGCGCUGAUUUUGCUUGUAUGUUUGCUUUAGAUCCCAAGAUCUUAGCUCCUGAAUCAGGAGGAUUCAUACCAGAUGGUCCGAAUCUAACAUCGGGAGCCGGAAGAAAAUGAGACUAGCUUGCGAAUCUUUCGUUGACAGCGUCCGUUGAGCAUCUACAGAUGAAUACGAGCAUGUACCUAAGUAGUAGGCAAGUAAGGCGCCUUACCUAGGUAGGUACGGAAUCUAUCUCGAA